AUGGCUAAUUGCUUCGAAAUCUUCACCUCCUUACUCUUCUUCUCCUUCCUUCCACAUCUAGCUUCCGCCACCUGCCGCCUCAACUGCAACUCCGACGGCCCACCUGUUCGAUUCCCAUUCUGGAUAGUAGAUCACGACUCCUCACACUGCGGGUGGCUAGGGUUUAAUCUCUCAUGCAACAACCGAAAGCAAACCAUUCUGAAUCUCCCAUCUUCCGGGGAUUUCAUUCUCGACAACAUUGACUACUAUGACCAAAUCAUAACGAUCAACGACACCAAUAACUGCCUCAUUAAGCGGUUCCUUGAUGGUGAAAUGAAUCUCACGCCUUUACCCUUCUCCUACCUUUAUGACUUUACAAACUACACAUUCUUCAAUUGCUCACCCGAAGCAAAAAACCUAGAUCAAUAUCCAACCCUGUCUUGCCUCAGCAGUGACAACUACAAGGUCAUUGUUGCGCCAACGAAUGCUUUACUUAAUGCAGACCUUGUUACUAGUCCACCUGCGAUAUCAUCAUCUCAGGUUCCGUCACCGUUUGAUCCUAAUUGCUCUGUGAUUUCAACAGCUAUGGUUCCAAUAGAACCAAAGAUUUAUGAUCCAAUUCCAUCCGAGUGGGAGGACAUUAACUUUGGUGUUCAAUUGCGGUGGGACGACCCUGAUUGUCGGUAUUGUACUUCGGUUGAUCAAGCUUGUGGGAUUGUUCAUACGGGUAUAACGGGUUCGGAAGUCGGGUGCAUACCUGGCUCUACAAGACUUGCAAAGAUUGCCACAGUGAUAGGGUUGGUAUUGUCAGGGGUAUUGUGGAUGGUUGGGCUUGCACUGAGACUGACAAUGACAAGGACUAAUAGUCGUCAACAGUCUACCACAGAGAUGUCGAUUUUAACGAUUGAUGAACAACUUCCGGUGGGCGUAACUGGUGGUCUUGAUCAGAAAACGAUUGAUUCAUAUCCAAAGACUCAACUUGGUGACAGUCGGGAAUUCCCCAGCUCCGGUGACAAUGCCUGCCCUAUAUGUUUAGGAGAGUAUCAGGCUAGGGAAACAGUAAGGACUAUACCAGAAUGCAACCACUAUUUCCAUGCUAAUUGCGUAGACAAGUGGCUUAGAAGGAAUCCGACUUGCCCACUUUGUCGAAAUCCACCGGAGGGAGAACGGGAUAAGCCAUUGAGUGACUGA